CCUCUAGAGAUCUCUACGGACUCACUCCUGCACGACAUAUUAUUUGCCAUGGCCUCUCCACUGAAGAGUCUGGUUAUUGAUGAUAACAGGUACCAGAAAUCCUUCCAGCUUUUUCUGGAGCGCUCCUCUGAGCAUCAGUGUAUGCAGGACUUCAUCCACAACACGCUGCCAGAUAUACUGGCCAGCAUUGGAGAUGGAAAGUCCCAUCUAAAUGUCAUUGGAGUUGGAAGUGGAGCUGGUGAGAUUGACCUCGAGAUGCUCUCCCAGCUCCGUCUGAAGCACCCAGGGGUGACGGUGGAUAAUGAGGUGGUGGAGCCUAGCAGCACGCAGCUACAUCAGUACAAAGUUAUGGUGUCACAGAAACCAAAUUUAGAUCACAUAAGUACCUGGAACAAGAUGACUGCCUCCGAGUUUGAGGAGCAGUGGAGAGUGAAAAAGAUGACUAAGAAGGCUGACUUCAUUCACAUGAUACAGAUGCUGUACUAUGUGAAGGAUCCUGGAGCUACCAUCGAGUUCUUCCAGAGCCUCCUCGACAAGAAGGGGAAGCUUCUUAUCAUCCUAGUAUCUGGUGAGAGUGGUUGGGGAAAGCGGUGGCAGACCUACAGGAGCCAGCACUGUAACACAGAAAUAAGUCAGUGUGUCACCACUGGAGACAUGAAAAGCUUUCUGGACUCCAAGGGUGUGAGCUACCAGAGCUACGAGCUGCCUUCUCAAAUGGAAAUCACCGAGUGUUUCACAGAAGGGGAUGAGAAGGGAGAGCUGCUGCUUGAUUUCCUCACUGAAGUGCUGGACUUCAGUAACACAGCCUCUCCUGAGCUCAAAGCCGGUGUCCUGGAGUUACUGCAGCACCCAGACUGCAGCAAGGAGUCCAACGGCAAAGUUAUCUUUAACAACAACCUUGGGGUCAUAGUCAUAGAUCCGCAAACUUAGAAACAAAUGCUUAAAGGUGGGGUAGGUCAUUUUGGAGAAACCAGCUCGAGUGCGCUAGAAUUUGAAAAUACAUAGCCGGAAAAAAUCUGCCACUUCCUUACAGAGCCCCUCCUCCAACACACACGAACGCGCACAUGACCAAUGAGGGCACGAGAUACGUUUGUGCACAGAUGGAAGGCUGACAGGCAGGUAGGCCAUCCAGUUAUUUUAGCCGGGCUGGUGUCAGUACCAUAUGUGCUCGGCCUACCAGAUCUGCUCGGAGUCCGUUACGCUUACCAAUGACGUCACGCAUUGGCUGUACGGCAACCCAAGAGGUAAUAAUAAUAAUUCUAAAUAAAACAGGAAGUUAACCUAAAUUAC